AUGGGAAAGCCUUUAUCAAAGCAAGUGACAAAGAAGAUCCCUAGGAGGACACCAAAGACGGUAAAGAGCACGAAGGCAUCUAAAAAGGCCGAGAAAUCCGAUGGUUCAAAUGGUUGGCUGAAAUAUUGGCUGUUCUAUGGUGGAACUGGAGCUUUCUCCGGAAGCUACCAUGGAGAAUCUGAUAAGGAUGAUCAGGAAAACAAGGAAAAAAAUAGUGGCAAUAAAAAUACUAGAAUAGUAGACAUAGGUUAUGACAAAGGAGACGGAGGAGGAGGCUGGGGAGGAGGCUGGGGAGGAGGCUGGGGAGGAGGCUGGGGAGGAGGCUGGGGAGGAGGCUGUGGUGACUCAGGAGGUUGCGGAGGCUAG